AAAUAUUAAUAAUAUUGCUUCAAUAAAAUUAGCACUCAAUUGGAAGAAAAAAAUAUUUUUUGGAAAUAAUAUUGUUCAUAUCAAAGAGUUUCUUAUUGAGAAGAAAAUCCUAAUUUCUUAAAUGGGUAUGGACAUCAUUUUGGGAGCUUUUGUACUUUUCUAUGGCUGACUGUUGCAAGCUUCAGUAUCUGGAUGACUUUUGGGUAUGCAACGAAGUACAUAAGAGCAAGAGAUAAAACAAAGCCUAUAAUAGCUGUAGAAAUUGCUUGGGUCUUAGCUGCAAUCUAUGUUUUUCUUAUAAUAACAGCUCAUCACUUUGGGGUCGUUCGCGCUUUAUCCGAGAAUAUGGUGGAGGAAGAAUAUUACUUAGACGAUAAAUCACAUGGUUCUCUCAUUUAUUUAAUUUCUGAGGGUAUUGUCAUAGGUUGUGAUUUUAUACUUAUUAUGAUGUCGGCGUUGAAAUGCAAAUGGGCUAAAAAUAACUUCUCUCUUGAAGGGAAACAGUAUCAAGCUAAUAAAGAAAAGUUGAAGACAACAUUUAAAGUGCUUUUUGUGCACUUUGUGAACUGGUCAUUUGAAAUUAUCUUAUACAUUUUGGAACCAAAGACAAAGAUUCGGUGUGUUUUGGUUACAACAAAUUCACUCCAAGGACUGGCCAUUUUUGUCAUAUUGAUAUUUAAAGAAUCAUUUUUCAAAUUAUUGUACAGAAAAUUAAAAAAAUGUAUGUGUUGUGUGACAUCAAAUAAAGUGAAUUCCACCUCAGUGUUUACAACAUAAUUUAUCAAGUGGGUUGUAAUGUGAUUUCAAAUAAAAUGAAUUAAAAAUCUAUAG